GUGGGCAUGGGGCCUUCUUAACUCGUCUUUUCAAUAUAUUUAGCAGUCUCCUGCAUCGAUGUAUCAGUGAAUCAGAGCACCUAAAUUUUAGCUCCAACGAUGACAUCAGUCGACUUUCUCCCCUCGCGGGACAUACCCUCGCUCACGGGCAAAGUAAUCUUCAUCACAGGCGGCACUUCCGGCCUAGGCGCCGAGUCCGUCCAGCAACUCGCACAAAAACAACCUCGUGCCAUCUACCUCAGCGGACGCAACGCCAAAAAUGCCGAAGCCUUGAUCGAGCGCGUCAAAGCAGUCGCACCAACCACACCACUCCACUUUAUUCAGUGCGACCUCGCUUCGCUGCCCUCCGUUGCUGCAGCCGCAGCGCAGUUCCUCGCCGCCUCUGACCGCCUCGACAUCCUAAUGUGUAACGCGGGCAUCAUGGCGCACCCGCCCGGUCUCACGUCCGACGGAUACGAGCUACAAUUCGGGAUUAACUUCCUGGGGCACGCGCUACUGAUCAAGAAGCUGCUUCCGCUACUCCAGCGCACCGCGCAGCUACCCGGCGCAGACGUGCGCGUCGUGCUCCUCACAUCUCUAGGCUUCUUAAUGCACCCACGUGGAGGCAUCCUCUUCGACAGCCUGCGCACGACGCAAGACUCUAGGAUAUUCGGGCCCUGGACGCGCUACGGGCAGAGCAAGCUGGCGGCGUUACUGUACGCACGGGAGCUGGCGCGGCGGGCGCCGAGCAUUUUGGCCAUCGCAGUUCAUCCCGGAGUGGUGCAGACGGGGCUGGCGGACGGAUUGAGCGCUGUUAAUCGUGUUUUCCUGAAAGCGAUGUUGGUAACGACAAAGUUGGUGACGCCCGAGGAGGGCGCGAGGAAUCAGUUGUGGGCGGCGACGACACAGAGGGAGGGCAUUGAGAAUGCAGCUUUGUAUGAGCCGGUGGGGGUUUUGAGUGGGAAGCUCGAUAAGACGAGUAAGGAUGAUGCAUUGGCGGGGAGGCUGUGGGAGUGGACGGAAAAGGAGCUGGAGAGGUAUUAAUAUGUGUUAGGAGGGGAGACAUGUGUUGCACCGAAUAGGCGCAGCAGGCGAUUAGUCGUCUAAUCACGCCGAAUAGACGUCUAUUUACACCGAACAGAUACCCACAGAUGACGUGUGCUUGUUUCAACGAUUUAGUCGUCUAUUUUGGUGUUGUGC